AUGUUGACUGCUGAUGAGGGAAAGUUUGAUGAUAAGAUCCAUCAGUAUGUAAUGAUUGUCAUGGUACUGGUGGCCGUGACUGUGUCCGUCCCUAUCACAGCUGCUGUGUCGAUAUGCAUUAUUCGAUGCAAAGAUAAAAAAAACAACUUGAAUAGGAGCAGUGGAAAGACUUCCAUCAAAGUCUGCGAGCAAAGGCAUCUUAUUAAUACUGGAGUCAAUGCUCGGACAGUGGAUACAGACACUGGCAAAGGCACACACGGAAAGAAAUGCAGACGUGGAUUGUACCAGGAAGACAAAUCGGGUAAUGGAAAGAAGAGUUCAGCAUUUAGCAUGAAACUUCAAACAGCUCCAGAUGUCAUAUAUCAGGAAAUCGGGGUUGAUGAAGAGAACGAGCAGAGACAAUUCAUGAUCCCCGACUGUCACAGUGAGAGCGAGGAUGGCUGGAGUGAGGGUGAUAUCGGACUUACAAAGAAUGUUUCAGAUCUACGUCCAUCUGAUUGUUAUGAAUCCCACUCUUCAAGAACCGAGCAACUCCAUGGGAAAAUGGGGCAACAAAGGUUUUUUUGCCCUGAGCUUACAGCAACUACAUCUAGGUGCACGACAACACCCCAUAUUGGUCAUGUUCCAGACUGCACCCAAUGGACAUGCCUGAAAUUAUCAUCCACUACUGAUCACAGAUAA